AUGCUAUAUCGUGAAUGUAAGAGAAUUACGGUUACUUACUUCGAUUGAUUCUUCUUCGCUGAGGGAAUGUCUAACGGUCAUCCAGACGAUUUUGACUAUAGUUACUACGACUAUCACAAUUUGCGUCGUACUAAGCAGGACGCCGACAUACUUUUCUUGAUCCCAUGGUUGAGCCUCGUUCGUAUCACGCUUGUUAUUUUGUUGCGUGUUGGUUUUGUCUUGAUACAUGUUGGUAGCGUACCAGUGAAUAACGUGAACUUGAUUCUACUGCAAAACAUCGUUGACUUUUGCUGGGUGACUGUAGUCUACAUUCUGAUUGGCACAGUCUUCGCCUACACAGGCGACGUGCAUGGUUUGGUAGCCGAAGGAUACUGGAUCGGUGACGAAAACGUCGAUAAGGACGAGGCCAUAAUUGGCUGGUCGGCCGUGGUAAUUGCUGCUGCGAUAUGCACCUGCGGAAUUGUGGGAAGAACGCACACCAUCGGUUACCUUAUCAUAGGAUUGCUGUUAGCUGGCUUCGUGCAACCAUUUUUAAUUCACUGGAUUUGGACGCCACAAGGAUGGAUAAGAUCGAACGUAUUACACCAGAAUACGGUUCACUUUCACGAUUAUGCUGGCAGUACAAUUGUUCACCUUGUUGGUGGAUUGUCGGGAUUGAUAGGUUGCAUGGUACUCGGACGAAGAAUACUUCGUUUAAACGCCAUAGAUGACGCGAGCGUCGCUGUUGGUUCUUCAGGAACAGUUUUUGCUGGCCAAUUGUUAGUGUUCCUUGGCCUGCAGAGUCUUAGUAUACCAAACGUUAAGACGGAUUAUUUCAAAGCGAAAGAUAAAAGGCAUGAAUAUAUCUUCAUAAACAAUCUGUCGGCCGCGUGUUCGUGCAGCAUAAUCGUUAUAGCGAUUCAUUUUGUGCUUCCUCGAGAAGAAUUUAAUCACUGGACGGUAAUGAGAUGUGUACAAGCCACGGUAUCCGGCCUAGUGAUAAUAUCUGCUGGAACGGAUAUUUAUACUCCGCUGAUCGCAAUGGGCUUGGGCUCGACUGCAAGCAUCAUCUAUUACUUAGUUUCAAGGCAAGUUUUUCAAAGUGCGCUUGAAGAUUAUUGUAACAUUGUAGCUAUUCAUCUAGUUUGUGCUGUUCUGGGGAGUGUGUUAGUACCUUUUCUCAAUUAUGAAAAUGGCAGUGAUAGUAAAACAAUUUUACUGAAUUUUUCUUGGCAAUUGAUCUGUUUGAUCGCAAUAAUUGCUUUAGUUGCUGUCGUGAUGUUAGUUGCAUUCGCGACGUUACAAUGGACAGGCUUAUUGAGAAAUAGAUCGGAAUAUUUGAAUCAUUUAAGAGCUAGCAUAGCCGAAGAGAGAACUUCACGGAGAAGAACGUUCUUGGAAAGAUUGUUUGGAAUAGAUAGAGAUCCAGUUUAUCUACAACCGGGUUUCGAUUCCGACGAACAACCAAAUGUUCGUUCUCAACGUAGGAGAUAUUAA